GUAAUUCAAAACGCUAAAACUUCUUGUAAAAUGUAAUAAAUUGCAUAUAAUUAUUUAACCUGUAGCAGGUCACGAUAAAAAUUCAAAACUUCCAUAAAUGUGUUAUUUCUCUGUAAUAUAGUAGUAGGCGCUCACAAUUUAUAAAAUAGUCAAUGAAAGUACAAUCCUGGAGUUUUUUGGGAUAUAUUAUUAUGGCGCUAGUUGCUUUAAACUCUUCAUUUAUUUUUAGAAGUAGAUUCUUUUGAAAUAGCAGUGAAUAUAAAAGUUUACAUAUAAUAUUACUAGAAUAUAUCGUAUGAAUAAAAUAUAAAGUGGACAGUGGUAACAAUAGACAGGCUGGAAAGAAAUAUACCUUUUCAUUUCUUGAAGAACAGGAGAGAAUCAUGCUGACACUACGUGUAGUUAACUUAACCAAAAUGCCCACUUUGUAUGACGCUGCCACGUCCUCUGCUGUUGACUCCCCGGUGACCAACGAAGAGUUCAUCAUAUCCAUGGGGAUGUACGCGUCCAUUGAUCUGGUCUUAUCCACCCUGGGAGUCAUCACCAACGCGAUCACCAUCAGAACAUUCUUAGCCAUGGGGGCGGACGACGGGGUCACGGUGUCCAUGUUAUUCCUGUCAUCGUCAGAGCUACUGUGCUGUUUAGCGGCGCUCGGUCAGAAGCUGUCCAUGCUGUUUUGGGUGACUGAGAUGGCUACAAAGUACACGAUACGUUUUCGCGUCAAUCCAUACGUGUUCAACGUUUACUUCGGUAAUAUUCGGGCAUUGUUGUUCGCCGUACCGUCUCUGAUCACAACGUAUCUCGCGGUGGUUAAAUGCAUGUGCGUGGUCAAACCGCUCAGCUUCAAAAACACGUUUUCCGUUCUGGUCACGUUCCGGGUCAUGAAACUCAUUUGCGUGAUCGCCGUCGUGACGUACGUCCCGAUCAUGGCCACCAUGGGGGUCACGGACCAGUUCGACGUCAAGAUUAACGCGUCCCGUCGUUCGAUGUGGUUCUCUCCUUAUCGCGACCUCGUCAAAAGCAUCGUCUGGAACGGCAGAGAUACCUUCAUCGCCAUCACCUCUGAAAUCAUCAUAGUGACCUGUGUGGUUCUUAUGUCCAGAUCUUUGAUCAGAACCGUUCAGGUCCGGGAGAAGAUGCGAUCAGGAACGUUUUCACGCCAACGGACUGACGCAUCCGAUGAGGUCGUCAGAGCCGCCAGCAAGAUCAGCGGGAAAGAGCUGCUGGUCAUUAAACAGGUCAUCUUCAUCUCGGCGGUCUACAUCGUCAGCAACACGCCCAAGAUAUUUAUUUUCCUGGCCGUGGCAUUCGUGCCUGAAUUAACUCAAGGCGGGCUGUACCAAAACCUGUACGACGUCAUGGUCAAGGGGAAAGAACAUUUUGAGAUCUACGCAUCAGUCUUUAACAUUUUUAUCUAUUACAAGUACAACCUUAAAUUCAAGGAAUAUUUCAAAUAUUAA